AUGCAUUUCUCGCAGGCAGCACGCAAAUCUCACCGACUCUUUGCCUCCCACCAGAGAGGCAACACCAAGAGGAGGUACUCGAGCUCCAGUCGAGCGCCCCCGCGCAUCGUCUGGCCGGCCGACACAAAGCCCACGCCCUACCAGGUCCUCAACAUCGAUGCCAGCCAGCCCUACGAAAAGAGCAGCUUCAACCGUAUGGUGAAGUUGUAUCAUCCUGACAUGCACCAUCACCACGGCGGCGACGUGUCUCCCCAGGCGCGGCUGCAUCGGUACUACCUUAUUGUCGCGGCACACGAGCUGCUCAGCAACCCGGAACAGCGCCGCCGAUACGACUUGUACAAGAUGGGGUGGAUGAACCAUGUGCCCGCCACCGCCAUGGACGAUGCCCCGUCGCGGCGGCGGGCGUCAUGGCCGAGCGAGGCGGAACGGUACGCCGACGCCGACGCCGACGGGUCGCGGCCGUCCCCCAUGCGGCAGUCGCCGAUUUACAUGUCCAACGGCGCCUUUGCCAUUCUCUUGCUGGUGUUCGCCUUUGGCUACGCCAUUGUCUCGUACGAGCGCGUGCGGCGCGCCGCCUGGCGGGAGAAGCGGCGGAUGCACCUGGUCGACAGGGACAUUGUCAAGACGCUGUACGAUGCGCGGCAUCUGGUCGAGGGCAAGUCCAAGGACGAGCGGAUACUGGCGUUUCUGUGCCGCAGACAUGUGGCUUCGGGAGCGAAUGAGGAUGACGGGGGGUUUCUGCCGCUGGACAGACACUGGGAGCAGAAUAUAUGUCGGCAUUGA